AUGCCUACAUGUCAGAAGGCCGCGAGGCCACUGGUAAGGUCUCUGCGGGAUGCUCAAUCAUCAUGCCAGUCGGUGAGGGCGAUUCGCGCCUUCACCAGCUCCGCCCGAUCGAACAAUGAGGCUGCUGUCGAAAGCACCCGUCCUACCCCCGUCUUCGAUCCAGCCACAGUCACAUCGAUAAAAGGAGAGAAAGCUCUGAUGAAGAGUGGUAUCUUCCCAAUUGGAUCGAGACGUCGUCGUGCUGCCCUGAAAAGUUCGGACAACAUCCCGUUCGAACAAUUACCAUACCAAUGCUUCCAAGAGGCUCGCAAAGUGCUUCAGGCGGAUAGGGAGGAGAAGCUGCAGGCCAUCCAGAAAGAGAGGCUGCGGAUAUCGAACCUUAUGGCCCAGGAUCCCUCAAAUAUCAGUGGAGGGGAAAAGCAGAAGCAGAUUAGGCUAGAGAGUAUGAGGAGGCAUUUAGAAUAUCUGAAAAUCCAAGCAGAUAUCAAUGAUCCUUUGAUCAAGAAGCGGUUCGAAGAUGGCGAAGGAGAUAUGAACAAACCCAUCUACCGCUAUCUGGCCGACAGAAAGUGGCGGAAGUACCAACGACUUGUCAUUGUCCAGCGUAUAAACCAGCUCGGCAUUGUUCCAGAUUGUCUGCCACAUUUCGAACCCACCGCCGACGUGCGUCUGGCUUUCAGAAAGCGCAGUGUCCUACCUGGCGAAUUCGUUGAUUCGCGUGUCAGCGAGGUCCCCGCUCGAUUGAAGGUCCAGGUAUUCGACAAAGGGGAGCGACUUGUUAGUGUUGUCGUUAUCGACUCCGAUGUUCCUGUCGUUGAGAGGGAUAACUUUACAUCUCGAUGCCAUUAUCUGGCAACCAACAUUCCCCUCUCUCCCACACAGACAUCCCUGCCUCUAUCCCAAGCCACGGAAACACAGCUGGUGCACCCAUGGAUGCCCCCAUUCGCCCAAAAGGGAUCCCCAUACCACCGAUACUCCGUCUUUGUGUUGCAGCAAGAGCCAGGCAAGACUCUUGACCCUGCAGAACUCAGGGAGAAAAUCCAACGUGAUGGAUUCAGCCUGCGGAGCUUUGUUGACAAGUACCACGUGAAACCAAUCGGCGUUAGCAUCUUCAGGAGCUUGUGGGACGAGGGAACUGCUGGUGUUAUGCACAGAGCCGGAAUUGAAGGUGCAGAUAUCGAGUUCAAGAGAAAGAAGAUCGAGCCUCUCAAGCCUAAGCAGAAGGCCAGAGGUUGGGAGGCAAGACAUUCGGGCCCCAAGUAUUCUUGGCUCAGAAGGUAA